AUGGUGGUCUUCCUGGAGGAGCUCGCGGCAGUGAAGGAGUUCUUCUCGAUUACAGAGCAGCCGAGCUCUUCGGAGAUGUUCAAAAUGAGGAACACUUCGGCCAUGGUCAAAAAGCUCAAGAUGGAGUCCGUUUGGACCUGGAUGGGGCUCUUUGGGCACGAGCUCCCGAAGGCAACGGUGCUGACGGGGAACCUUCCAUCCCUGCCCUCCUUGAAGCGGAGGAUGACUCUCGAGUGGCGAAAGGAGUUUGAUGGAUUUGUGGUUUGGUUUGCGCCAGGAGAUGCCGGUUGUUGGGGACGAAAGCUGGGGCAGAUCACGGAGAUGUCGUCUCCACCGACCGCCCUGGUCUGGGCAGCCUCGUCGAGAGAGGUCAUCGCAGGCUUUGGAAACGGGGCAGUUGUGGUCUUCGAUCUGGACCAGGGUGAGCCUAGCUAUGCGAUACAGGCGCAUGCAGAUGCUGUCACGGCCGCCAAGUGGCUCGACGCACCACGAAGGUUGCUCACAGCAUCGAAGGACAAGACGCUGAAGAUUUGGGAUUUCCCAUCUCUGCAGCGGGUGGGAGCCGAGAAAGCCACAAUCCAAGCAACCACUGUACGUCCCUGUCGAGCCAUGUGGGACCUAAUUCGGCUGAGCGCUCAACCAGUGCGUGUGCUGGUUCGACCAUCCGAGGAGGACCUUGCUUGGACUGCAGAGCGACCGCCUUCCCACCAGGAGGAGGAAUCGCGAGAAGGCGACUGCCUGCAGCGGGGCGAGGAGAAGUUUAAGGACGAGCUUUGCAAAGAGCUGUCGCGCUGGCUUGGAUGGGGUGCAUGUGCCUUCAGCUCAUGGGAGGAUACCUGUCGCCGCAUCGCGGAGGCACCUGCGAGUUUGGUCCGGCACUUGAAUAGCACCCUCUUCGCGCCCGCCGAAGUCCCGUGCCAGGUCGUGAACGUCGAACCGACAUGCCUUCAUGGGAUGCAUGGCGAUGAGGUGGCGGACAUAACCUGGUGGAAGCGCUUCCUUACCAGCUACAUUGAAUCGAACUACGACCACAGUGGUCGUGCGACCAGCACCACCACGGCCAAUGCUGACCCAGUUUUAGCACAGAACCUGGGCAGGCCGCCGAACCUGUCGGUCUUCUCGCUGUCGGGACCGCUACAAAAGCAGUCCAUGACGGUGCAGGCUGAAGUCGAGCGACUCCAGAUAGAGGCCGACCAGCGUGGGGACGUCUACUUGGUUUUGUUAGAUCAGCGGUACAACUGUCAGCAGCAAGACCCGCCUCACGGGCGGUUGACGUGGAGGAGCUGCAGUGUACUGAUUUGGAUGGAGAUGGGCCUCAAAGCCUUCAUAACGGCUCAAUUAUCACUGACCUGGUCGGCUGAUGGAACGGCCGAGAUCACAGCAACGAACUUGGCUGGAGCUGGCAUGUCGUGCUGGAAGGGCCAUCCCAGCCAGGACCUGCGGAUGAUCACACCGGCACUAAGAGUGACAGCUCUAGUCCUAACACGAAUGACAACAGCCGUGAUUGUACCACAAAAUACUAUUACUAAUUACGAAUAA